AUGCAUUUAUACAAUCUGACACUGCAAGGCCAAACGGCCAUCAACCAGGCUAUUCAAGGCAACUUCUCUGGAACUCCCAAAUCACAGGAAAUUGUCAUUGGACGUGGGUCGGCUCUCGAACUGCUGACACUUGACACAGUUACUGGAAAAAUAAAGGUUAUGUGUCAUCAAGACAUAUUCGGAAUCGUUCGGUCCCUUCUCGCAUUCCGUUUGACUGCAGGAACCCGUGAUUUCAUCGCCGUUGGUUCAGAUUCUGGAAGAAUCGUUAUUUUACAGUACAACGCCGAAAAAACGUGCUUUGAAAGACUUCAUCAGGAAACGUUCGGAAAGACUGGAUGUCGUCGCAUUGUUCCGGGGCACUACCUGGCUGGAGAUCCACGUGGACGUGCUCUCAUGAUUGGCGCAGUUGAAAGACAGAAACUUGUAUACAUUAUGAACAGAGACUCAGAAGCACAUCUGACGAUCUCAUCUCCUUUAGAAGCUCAUAAACAUCAUACACUGUGCUAUGCGAUGGUUGGAGUUGACGUUGGAUUCGAAAAUCCUACUUUUGCUUGUUUGGAGUUCGAUUAUGAAGACAGUGACAACGAUCCGACUGGCGAAGCUGCAAAGAGAACUCAACAAACGCUGACAUUCUACGAAUUGGAUCUUGGUCUAAACCAUGUUGUUCGAAAGUACGCAGAACCUCUCAAUGAUCCAGGAAACUUGCUUAUCGCAGUUCCAGGUGGUAACGAUGGUCCUUCUGGAGUCAUUGUGUGCUGUGAAAACUAUCUCGUCUAUAAAAAUCUCGGAGAUCAACCGGAUAUCAGAUGUCCAAUUCCGAGAAGAAGAAAUGAGUUGGAUGAUGCCGAUCGUACAAUGCUCAUUAUUGCCACAGCUACUCACAAAACAAGAAACAUGUUCUUCUUCUUGGUUCAAGCUGAAAAUGGAGACAUUUUCAAAGUAACACUGGAAACUGAUGAAGAUUUGGUAACAGAAAUGAAACUGAAAUACUUCGAUACAGUACCUCCAGCUAAUGCAAUGUGUAUUCUUAAAGCGGGAUUCUUGUUCAUUGCUGCUGAGUUUGGAAAUCAUGAACUCUAUCAAAUUGCCAGUCUUGGGGAAGGUGGUGACGAUGAAUUCUCAUCUGCCAUGGGCUUUGGAGAGAACGAUGCAGCAUUCUUCGAACCGCACGAAUUGAGAUCUCUGAUUCCAAUCGAUUCAAUGGAUAGUUUGAGUCCACUUACGGAUGCAGUGAUUGGUGAUAUUGCUCGUGAGGAUGCUGCUCAACUAUACACUCUUAUUGGUCGUGGAUCGCGUUCUCACAUGAAAGUUCUUCGUAAUGGACUUGAAAUCUCCGAAAUGGCUGUUUCAGAUUUGCCGGGUAAUCCAAAUGCUGUAUGGACCGUUAAAAAGAAUAUUGAAGAUCAAUAUGAUUCGUAUAUCGUUGUCUCUUUCGUCAAUGCAACUCUCGCUCUCACUAUUGGAGAUACUGUCGAAGAAGCCUCAGAUUCCGGAUUUUUGCCAACAACGCCUACUAUUGGUUGUUCUAUGAUCGGAGAUGAUUCUCUUGUUCAGAUCUAUUCCGAAGGAAUCCGUCAUAUUCGUGCUGAUAAACGUAUCAAUGAAUGGAAAGUGCCGCCACGUCGUCAAAUUGUUAAAUGUGCUGUUAACAGACGCCAGGUUGCUGUUGCGUUGAGUGGUGGAGAACUUGUGUAUUUCGAGUUGGAUUUGAACGGCACACUGAACGAAUUCACUGAGAGAAAGUUGUUCAAUGCUGAUAUCGCAUGCAUGACAUUCAGUGAAAUCUCAGAAGGAGAGCUCAACUCUCGUUUCUUGGCUCUCGGAACUGUCGACAAUGCAGUUCGAAUCAUAUCUCUUGAUCCAAAUGAUAUGUUGAUGCCAUUAAGUACACAAAAUCUACCAUGUCCCCCCGAAUCCAUUCUUCUGAUUGACACACCUAAUGAGGAUGGUAAAGGAGUGGCCGCAGUUCAUUUGAAUAUUGGAUUGCAGAAUGGAUGUUUAUUCCGUAACACAGUCGAUAAUGUUACUGGAGCUAUUAUGGAUACACGUACUCGUUAUCUCGGUACCAGACCAGUCAAAUUGUUCAAAGUUCAAUGCCAAGGACGAUCAGCUAUUCUGUGUACCUCAUCUCGGUCAUGGCUUCUCUAUCACUUCCAACGUCGUUUCCAUCUAACUCCACUUAGCUAUGCCAAUCUCGAAUAUGCUGCAAGCUUCUGCUCUAAUCAAUGCGCUGAAGGAAUUGUCGCGAUUUCAGCUAGUACUCUCAGAAUUAUUGCUGCUGAAAAGCUCGGCGUUGCAUUCAAUGUCCAAUCAUUCGAACAUAAGCUAACUCCUCGCCGUGUCGCAGUUCAUCCAACAAUGCCGUGUCUAGUUGUGAUCGAAACUGACCAUGCUGCUUAUACAGAAGUUACAAAAGGCUUGAAAAGAAAUCAGAUGGCUUUGGAUGUCGAAGCAAUGGCAUCAGAUGAAAACGAAGCACAAUUAGCUAGAGAAAUCGCUACAAAUCUUCGAGAAAAGCAAUUAGAUGAAAGAGUUUACGGUGCGCCGAGAGCUGGAUAUGGAAAAUGGGCAUCGGCAAUUAGUUUGGUUUCGGCCACAACUGGACAGAAAUUCACACAUUUCGAGCUACCACAGAACGAGAAUGCCAAGUGUCUCGCUCUUGUUCAAUUCUCAAAACAUCCUGACGCAGUGAUGGUUCUUGUUGGAUGUGGUGUGAAUGAACUUCUAAAUACGCAAGAAGUCAAUCCAGAAGAUCCAAAUUAUCGACAAGUCAGAGGAUGUGUCUACACUUUCCAUCUCUCACCAUCCGGUGAUCGAUUCGAUUUCUUGCAUAGAACAGAGACUCCAUUGCCAGUUGGUGCGAUUCAUGAUUUCCGUGGAAUGGCCCUCGUUGGAUUCGGUCGUUUCCUUCGAAUGUACGACAUUGGACAGAAGAAAUUGUUGGCGAAAUGUGAAAACAAGAAAUUUUUCUGGGUUUUGGGAAACGUGUGA